AUCCGCGCACUGUUGACGUAGACUUUUCAUGUGGCUGUGAUGACCAUCGCCUUCAAUGGUAGGAUUGAGAUACCUGAACACUCUCUCCCUUUAAAUACUCUCUUCAGCACGAUUCUUUUAUCUCCUCCUCCCUCCCCAAGUCAGGCCUCCAAGUAAAUUGCAAAUUGAAGAAGAAGAAGAAGAAAUGGAAGGAGGAGCAAAUGAAGCUGAAACAUGGGCUGGUUACGUGAACUGGAGGGGCAGACCUGCCCUCAGAGCCAAACAUGGAGGCAUGCUUGCAGCUUCCUUCGUUCUCGUGGUGGAGAUAAUGGAGAACUUGGCAUUUCUGGCCAACUCCAGCAACUUGGUGACCUACUUGACGGGGUUUAUGCACUUCUCGCUCUCUCGCUCGGCCACCGCGGUGACCAACUUUAUGGGCACAGCCUUCCUCCUCGCCCUUCUCGGGGGCUUCUUAUCGGAUGCCUUCUUCACCACCUAUCACAUCUACUUGAUAAGUGCUCUCCUCGAGUUCCUGGGGUUGAUCAUCCUCACGGUGCAAGCCGUCUUUUCCUCUCUCAAGCCGCCUCCCGGCGAGGAGGCCACCGGUGGGAAAGCCGCCAUGCUCUUCGCCGGUCUCUAUCUGACUGCGCUCGGGGUCGGCGGCAUCAAGGGCUCGCUCGCACCCCACGGCGGCGAGCAGUUCGACGAGAGCACCGCUCGCGGCCGCAAGGCCCGCUCCACCUUCUUCAACUACUUCAUCUUCUGUCUCGCCUGCGGCGGCCUCUUCGCCGUUACCUUCGUCGUGUGGGUGGAGGACAACAAGGGCUGGAAAUGGGGCUUUGGGAUCUCCACCAUCACCAUAUUACUCUCCAUCCCCGUUUUCCUCGCCGGCUCUCCUCUUUACAGAAACAAGAUACCCACCGGAAGUCCCCUCACCACCAUCGCCAAGGUUCUGCUCGCCGCCAUCCUGAAUCGAAGAAGCAAUUAUCAGAGCGCGCGAAACGCAGUCGUCGACAUGGAACAGAGUAGUCCCGUUGAGGAUAUUAAAGAAAGCGAGGCGACGGAGACGGUGCCGGGGAAGGAGCUGGUGUGUCUCAACCGCGCGGUGGAAGGGCGGCCGCUCCAUCGCAGCCUCGCGUGCGACGCGAAUGAAGUGGAGGACGUCAAGGUCGUGCUGAAGCUCCUCCCGAUCUUUCUCUCGACCAUCAUGCUCAACUGCUGCCUCGCGCAGCUUUCCACCUUCUCGGUGCAGCAGGCGGGGACGAUGGACACGCGGGUGGGCCGGCUGACGGUGCCGCCGGCAUCUCUUCCGGUCUUCCCGGUCAUCUUCAUCAUGACCAUCGCGCCGUUGUACGACCACGUGAUCGUGCCCUUCGCGCGCCGCGUCACGAGGACCGAGAUGGGGAUCACGCACCUGCAGCGAAUCGGGACAGGGCUGGUCCUGUCGGUGGUGGCGAUGGCGGUGGCGGCGGCGGUGGAGGUGAAGCGGAAGCGAGUGGCGCGGCGGGUCGGGGAGGGGUUUCAGGGGCCAUUGCCGAUCACCUUCUUCUGGGUGGCGUUCCAGUACCUGUUCUUAGGGUCGGCGGAUCUGUUUACGCUGGCAGGAAUGUUGGAGUUCUUCUUCAGCGAGGCGCCAGCGAGGAUGCGGACGCUGGCGACGUCGCUGUCGUGGGCGUCGCUGGCGAUGGGGUACUACCUGAGCUCGGUGUUGGUGACGGUGGUGAACCUUGCUACGUCGUCGGGCGGCGGCGGAGGGCGAAGGGGCUGGCUGUCGGGCGAAAACCUGAACCACUACCACCUGGAGAGAUUCUAUUUGUUGAUGUGCGUGCUCAGUGCGUUAAACUUGGUCAACUUUGUCUUCUGGGCGAUGAUCUAUCGCUAUCGAUCCAGCAAGAAAUAGUUAGACAUGAUGACUCUUGAAUGCUAAUCUUGAAUUUAAAUUAUAAUUA